CUUAUUUUUUACCCAUCAUGCUCUGUGGAGUUGUGAGCGGAAGUACUCACUUUCAUGCGCUUAUUCAAAACGUUAAACCAUGAAGCAAAAUCAUUUUUCGAAUUGAUAUUUUUAAGCAUUUUAGCGUUGGUUGUGAAAAGUCGUUAUUAAUGGAGCACAAAGACGGAUGCUGUCAGGAGGAGGUGGAUGGAGACAGUUGUGGAUCCUCCACCGCAGGUUCACCGCUGAUGGACCGCAACCCAUCGCCUCCACCCGAGGAAGAUGAGACUGAGGCCGGGGAGGAGGCAGACGCCAUCGGGGAGACGGUGUACAGUAAACACUGGCUCUUCAGCACUCUGACCCGCCUUAUUCAGAUGGUGACAGAUCAGGAAAGUGGGCCGAGUGAUUCUUCAGAGGAACUGACAGAUGAUCUGGAGGAGGACUUGUGUAGAGUUUGGGACAUGGCUAUGGAUAAGGAUGUGGCUGUUUUUCUUCAGGAGUUCAAAGCUCCAGACAUCUUGCUGGGUGUGAUCGCAAAGUCACGUAGUCCGCGGCUCACUGAAAUCUGUGUUGGAAUUCUGGGUAAUAUGGCCUGUUUCCAUGACACAUGUGUAUCUCUCAGCCAGAACUCUGACCUAUGCUCUGUGUUACUACUUCUGCUCGGGGACAAUGAUCCACCUACGCUCUUGGAGACUUGCAGGCUCCUGCUAACGUGCCUGUCUCAGCCUGAUGUCGCCCCCCUGUGGCUGGAGAGGAUACGGCAGCAGCCGGCGGUGUGCAGCAGUCUGUGUUUCAUCAUGAGCAGCUCCACCAAUGUGGAUUUGCUAGUUAAGGUUGGGGAGCUGGUGGAUAAGCUCUUUGAUGAGGAUGAGGAGAUGAUGAAGAGUUGGGUGUCCACCCCAGCCAGCGACAGUGACCCAAACAAGGACACACAGCAGGACAUGGCGUCCUCUCUGCUUGAGGCGGCCACACAGCUCAGGUCAGAAAGUCCAGAGGCUCUUGAAGUGUAUCUUCAUUCACUCCAGCUUCUGACUACAGUAGAAGAGGGCAUGCAGGCUCUGGUAUCAGAUGGAGCCUGUGGACAUGCAGUGUGGACGUUUGUGUGUAAGAUUGUAUGUGAGGAUUUAUGUCAAAAGGAGGAUCCUCCUCUCAUCCUGCUGGAGCAGAAAGCUCUCCUGGCCCCAGCGCUCGCCUUACUGUCAGCGUUACACUCCAGCCUGCAGACAGCUAUCAGUACAGAAUUGUUGGGAAGUCUUAUCCGUAUUCUGGACUUCAAUGCUGAAUGCCAUCAGAGCCGAACAGCUGGAAACUCUGAAUCAGAAGAGAGUCAGAAAGAAGAAGUGAAGCAAGAGGAAGAUGAAGAGCUCAAAGCUUUAGUCGAAACCACAGCAGAGUUCCUCUCAGCCGUCAUCAUGCAACUGAAUAAGGAUGUGUUGUCAGCUGUAGUCAAGGAAGGGUGUUUUACAGAGAGAAGCUGUGUGUCUGCUGUUGGCUCCCUCUUACCUCAACACAUAUCGGCGGUCCAGCACCUGGUAAACUUGUUGUCAGAAGUGGAACCGAAACUGGCAGACAUUAUAAAAAAGGACUUUUCUAUUUCAUCCAAUGUGUCAAGCGGAAACAUCUGAAAGGAAACAUUCUUCAGAGAAGUUCUCUGACCCAAAAGAUUGGAGAUAAGUCUUUAGAUCUCCUUAUGAAAAGACUCGUCUUUUGUUUAGAUAUAACAAAAAAUGUAAUGGCUUUGGUUAUAGCUUGAUAAAUUGUGUAUAUCAUCGUUUUGAUUGUAUACACCAGCUUUUCUAUUUAGUAAACAAAACGUGUUUUGUA